ACGUCAAUUGCGCGGCGUUGAGCGCAAAAUAAAAUAAAAAGCAUUUCAACAACAUGAGAUUGGGCGGGAAUAGUAUAACGCCCUUUUUUUAACAUAAAAUACAUAGUUUUGUUUAUUUAAACGACUCUACCAUGUCGUUUACGUAGUAUAUCAAAGUGUUAUUGCAACUUUUUAAGAUGAGUUCAAAGUUUUACAUUUAUGCCAGCGGUCGUUGGCGGGAGGUUGAGAUGGACACUGGCUGUGUGUCGGGAUGGGGUCGUCCCAGCUUCGUGUACGUGCGCGGCGGGCGGUUGGUAGUGGCGCAGCGGCGGCGGGUGCUGCGCGCGCUCAGGUCGCUGGCGGCCGGCCGCGUCUCCGCCGCCAACGAUAGCUUCGUUUUAAGUAAAUAUGUACCUUCUCAAGCACCAACUUUGAAAAUCCAGUGCAAGAGUCAUGUACACCAAGACCAGAAGAUGACCAAAUCAGUUGAUCGUGUUUGUGCACUAUGCAAUGAUGAAAGAUUCAAUAAACUAUUGAAAGAGACCAGCAGUGUGGGUACACAGUGCACCUCCACUGCAGAUGCCAGCAACCAAGUCUCCGACACAAUGGUCUCUCCACAACCUAGCACUAACAAUAAAAAUUCACCUAAAAUAUUACCAUUAAGAAGAAAAGGAAAAUUUAUUAAAACAAAAUCAAGGAAUGUAAAUAAAUCUAGACAAAGAGAUGACAGAGAAACUGCAGAAACAAAUAUGACCAAAGAGCAUGCUACAAAAACAUUAGCAAAUAAAGAUAAUGUAAAUAAAGAACAAGAAUUGACACAGAAUACAAAGAAACAUAGACAAGAAGUAAAAGAAUUAUUGAUAGAAGAAGAUGUAGUAGAGAUUCUAAGACGAUAUCUGAAAAAAAACAACUUGGGAGUUGAUUCAAAGAGGUACGACAUUGAUGAUGCAUACAAGGAACAAGUGUUUUAUAAAAUUAAUCCUCUAGUUGUUGUUGAACAGUGUCCUCAGAUAAAGAGGAUGCUUCAGAACAGAACUAAUGAUGUAUCAGAGAAGGAAUUCAUGACAAGUCUCGGUCUGCAGACAACUGAGGAGCGAGCAUCUACUAAGAGAUACAGAAAACAAAGCACAUCUCAAUCUUCAACACAAUCUUUAAUACAAGAUAAUAAAGAGAAUGAAUUACAGAACACUCGAAGUUUACGUAAACGUACUAAAUGUUCAAAAGAUUCUGAGUUUAAGAAAUAUAAAUCUUCCGAGAAGAAUGAUAAACAACUCAGACCGCAGAAGAUGAGAGAAGUUGUUUUACUGAGCAGUAACAGUGACAGCGACUUCCGGGACUCACAAUUAUCACGAAAAUUACAUGUCGGUCCAAGAGUGAAUGGGUUGCGUGUCACUUCGUCACCUGCAAAGGCACCAAUAGAGGCCAGUAAACCAACUAGCACUAAGGCACCAACUGGUGCCAGAACAAGUGGCACUGCAGCACCCGGCACUAAGUCUGUAGGUGCCAAACGUGUCAGCGGGUGGGAGAGCCGCGUGUACUCGCCGCUGGAGGACCAGGCGAUCAUAUCGUGGGUGCAGGUUGGCGGCCGCGCGCGGCUCGUCAACGGCAACCGGCUCUGGCGCGAGCUGCAGCCGCACCACCUCGCCAGCACCGGCGUCUCGCGGUCGUGGCACUCUCUACGCAACCGCUACCUGCGCUACAUCCUGCCCACGCUGUCGAAUCUCGCGCCCACACCCGUCGCCGUUCAUCUGCGAGCCGCCGCCGCUACAGGUGAAAUAAAGAACCGUAAACAGAAGAAACCGGUCAACAACUCAAUGUUUGCGAUGCCCCGAGUGCGCAGCGCGUUUGCGCCGCGGCGAGCUCGCCUCGCCUCCUCUCACACACCCUCGCCCCCGGCCAGUCCUCCACGCACACCUAGUCCUGUCAAGCGCAAGGCCAUGGCGACCUCCACGAGCACAGCCAGCCCCUCACCCAGCCCCACACCCAGCCCCGUGCCCACCGGUAGCUCCACACCCACAGAAGUCCAGCUACAGAAGAUUCAUAAUGUCUCAGAGAGAUCUAGACUUAGCAAACGUUACUCUGAACUGCGGCGUAGAUUCAAGGACGUGGAGGAGUCGUCGGACGAGGCGCCGCGGGUGCUGCGCCCCCGGCCCUCGCAGGCUCCUCGGCGCUCUAUGCAUGACUCCUCGCGAGUGUUGCGACAGGAGCCCAAGAAGAGGAGACUCUAUAAUCCAGAAGUGAUUUGAUACAAGAAAUGUGUUGUGUUUAGUGAAAUAGUGCUAACUACAUGUGUAGUGGUUCAAUUAUUUAAACAUUCAAACAGUAAAACUAUUUUAUACCAACUCAAGACUAAGUUUUUUAGUUUCUGUUGACAGCCUAAAUUAAGUAAAAAGAAGCAUUUCAAAUUCCGUACACAG